UUUCAGUAAACAAAUCAAGCUCCGACACAGUGCUUUGCUCUGCGGUGGUUCGUUUUGGCGAUACAAGCUUCGAAUCCUGCGUGUCACAGGUAACAUCACUACCUCCACUCAUUCGGCUUGAUCCCUCACAUUUGGAGUCAGAAGUGGGAUCUGGAGGACACAGCAUAGUUUUUGCCAUGCAGGCUGGAGUACGGACGAGGAAAGGCAACAAAGGGGAAAUCAAGGAGACGGUGCAACAGUUUGAUGUUGGGGAGAUGGAGGAUGGAGCUGCAGUCGACCUGGGGGACACCGAGGAUGAGGAAAUUAGGGAACCAACAUUGAAGGAUUUGACAAGUAUUCUUCAAACCUUUAUGGGACAACAAGAUAUGAGAGAUAAGAAGAGGGAGGAGGAGUCUGAACAACAGGAGCAGCGUUUUAAGGCUUUGCAGCACCAAUUUCAUCUUUUGCAGAUGGGAAUGCAGGCCCGAGCAACACCUGAGCUGGGGAGAGAUGAUUCAGAACAGGUGGGACUUUCCAGUGAUGAUUACAACCAGGUAUCUUCUGAACCUGAAUGCUCAACUUCGACUUCAGCCGCAUCCUCCACAGGUCAGUCUUUGCAAACACCCCAUUUCAAAAUGGAAAAAUUGACUGCAGAAGAUGUCAUUGAACAUUUCCUCACAACCUUUGAGAGAAUUGCAGUUGCCUACCGUUGGCGAAGCUCAGACUGGACUUUUCAUCUGAUUCCCCUGUUGACUGGUAAGGCUCGAGGGGCCUAUGUUAAUAUGGACAUUGAUGAUGCACUGGAUUACCAAAAGGUCUGGAUCAAAGAGCAUAAACCAAGAUCUGCGGCGGAAGCUGCUGCCCUGGCAGAUGUGUUUGUGGCAGCCCGAAGCAAGAGUCAGCCAUGGAGUAACACAGCAUGGAGAACAGCUCGAGACAUGCGGCGUCCACAACCUCUUCAACACCAGAGGGCAGCAUCGGGUCUGGGUAAGGUCCCCACAAGGGAAAAUCGACCUCAAAGUGCCUCAAAGUUCAAUAAAAGGAUACCUGUAUGCUAUCUGUGUGGACAGGAAGGCCACACCAAGCCUGUGUGCCCCCAAAACCCAAGUCGAUUAAACCAGUUGUGUUUUUUGCCACAGCAGAUGGUGAAAAGAGAACCUGAAAAACAUAAUUCCAAGAAAAUGACCACUGUGACAAUAAAUGGGCAGAAAAUAGAAGCUUUAUUGGAUACAGGAAGCACUCUGGUUAAUAGGAACUGCAUACCAUUCAGUGACUGGGGCAUGUCUGAACCAAUAACAGUUUGUUGUGUGCAUGGGGAUGAGAAAUCUUACCCCACAGCUGAUUUGUGUAUUGGGGUACAAGGGGCUACAUAUUUGCUAAAGGUUGGUGUGGCAGACAAUCUACCUUACCCUGUGAUUUUGGGGGAGGAUCUGCCUGUCAUCUAUGAUCUGUUGAAGGAAGUGGAAAGCUGUAAUGCAGCUGUGACAAGGGCUCAAGCAAAAACACAAAGUGACCAAUUUACAACUCUCAGUUCUUUGCCUUUCUUUGAUUCUGACGUGGAAGGACAACCUGGGAAGACUCUUAAAGCAUGUAGUCAGAAAAGGCAUGAGAAGUUGGAAUAUAAUGUGCAAAGAGGUCAAAAUGAAGAAGCUCCAGAUCUGCCCUUGGGGUUUACGAUUCCUAAUGAUAUCAGACAAAUGCAACAAGAUGAUUUGACCCUGUCUGCUCUUUUGCUGAAGGCUAAAGGUGAAACUGAGGCAGAAUACGACACUAAGAGAGGUCGAUACAUCCUUCAACAUGGCAUUUUGUACCAUCACCAUGGCCAAAUGAAAUGAUUGGUGGUCCCUAAAGCAGCCCGGGAGACCGUCCUAAGGUUGGGCCACUCAAUUCCCUGGGCUGGCCACCUGGGGAAACAUAAGACCACUCAACGUAUUAAACGCAAUUUCCUGUGGUCUGGUUUAUGUUCAGAUUUUGCCCGGUUUUGUAGAAGCUGCCCUCAGUGUCAAAUCACUUCAGCUAAAGUUCCCAUUAGAGCACCACUGCAGCCACUCACAAUAAUUGGUACACCGUUUGAACGCCUUGGAAUGGAUGUUGUUGGUCCUGUGGAAAAGAGCAAAGCAGGAAACCGUUAUAUGCUGGUCAUCACUGACUAUGCUACAAGAUAUCCAGAAGUUUUUCCAUUAGAAAAAACAUCAAAGCAAAGGCUGUGGCUUUCUCAUUGAUUCAACUAUUCUCAAGAGUUGGGUUUCCACAAGAAAUUCCUACUGACCAAGGGACUAAUUUUGUCAACCUUGUUGCAGCAGGUUUAUAGGUUGCUGGGCAUCAGGAGCAUGCAGACAACUCCAUAUCAUUUUCUCUGUAGGACUGCAGGUGUUCAGGGUCAGGAGAGGCUUUACCUGGUGGUCCUCCUGGGAGAGAGGCCUUCUACUGUCAUCAUGUUAAUGUUAUUUAGCUGUUUGAUGUUUGAACACGUUUAUUAAAACAAAUACUAACUGAUAACUAUCACCAGUUUUAUUAUUACAUAUGUUUUUGAACAUGUUACAUGAACAGAAAAUGAAAAGAUGGUAAGGAGACAAGAUUAUUUAUAAUAGGUUACACUUAUUUACAGAUCAGAACCAGUAUGGACCAGUUAUGUACGGUUAAAGCAGGAUUAACCUGAGUGACUCUUCCUGGAUCAUUUAUUUAAACUGAGUGAGCAGGAAGUCUUUAACAGUGCAGCUGGAUCUGCUGCAGGAGGAUCCAGACGUGGAUGGAGGGCUGGAGCAGACCCGUGGCUGGACGUUUCUGUUCAGAGGAACAUCAUACAGGACGGUCUGCAGAGAGCUUUGGGACGCUUCCUCUCACUGUCCACUCCAUCGUCCAUCUACAGGGCCUGCUGGGCUGGUUCAGACGACGGCUGUUACGUCUCUGUGAAUGACUUGCCUGUUAACAGUAGUGGUGGUUUGCUGGUACCUCCUCCAGGACAGAGCACCACUGACCUCCUCCACACACAUCUUCCUCACGCUCAUCCUGCAGACCCACAACUUCACCAGCACAGAGGCAGAUGUGCAGCACAGUGUAUGCUGACUUGUAAUAGAUUAAAAAAAGAGUUUUUUUUAUAGAAAAAUGUAAAACAAACAUAUAACCUGCAGUACACUGGUUCUGUUCAGUUUAAAGAAAAGCAGCAGGGAAAACUACAGAGAAUUUACAUUUUAAAGACAGAUCUAAUCAUUAUUAGGCUUAAGUUGAAUAAACAAAUGCACAUUGAAAACACUUCAAUGCUAUUUUAUUAAAAAGCCUGUUUUUAAAAACGUUUUACCCCCAUUUGAUGCAAAAUAAGUUCUAAGGUUCAAUUUACAUUAGAAAACAUCCUACUGCAUUCAACAUUUAUAAUGCAUUUGGUUUAUAAUAAUUACCUACAUGAUAAUACUCUGUAGUAAUGUGUUGUGUAUGUUUAACAAGUUCAUUCUGUAGCUUAAAACAUACAUGAAGCCAUCUAAAGUUAACAUGUAAGUCCUGAAAGCUUCUAGAAUAAACAAAGUUACUUUACCUGAAAACGGUUGUGAACAAACGCUGCUGAUGGACGUGAAGCUGCUGUAUUCAAUUCAAUUCAAUUUUAUUUAUACAGCGCCAAAUCACGACAAGAGUCACCUCAAGGCACUUCACAUAAUAAACAUUCCAAUUCAGGUCAGUUCAUUAAGCCAAUCAGAAAUAAUGUUUCCUAUAUAAGGAACCCAGCAAAUUGCAUCAAGUCACUGACUAGUGUCAGUGACUUUACAGCAAUCCUCAUACUAAGCAAGCAUAAAGUGACAGUGGAGAGGAAAACUCCCUUUUAACAGGAAGAAACCUCCAGAGAAUCCUGGCUCAGUAUAAGCAGCCAUCCUCCACGACUCACUGGGGAUGGAGAAGACAGAGCAGGCACACACACACACACAGAUACACACAUACAUAAAUACACACACACACACACACACACACACACACACACACACACACACACACACACACACACACACACACACACACAC